UAUACAUAUGAAAACAGUGAGAAAAAAACAAUCGAAACCAACAUUUUAAUUAAAUAUAAAAGCAUGUGCUAAAUGCAACUCUUCCAACAUGCAUUGGACCCUAUAAAUUGUGAAUCUCUAAAUCUUGCAAUAGAAAAAACUGAAUCUUCAAAAGUGCAUAAAGAAAAACAUCCAUAUGUAUGCACUAACAAUAAUUAAGAACCUGUGUUGUUAAAUCGUUCAUCUUAAAUCAAGUUCGCCGGCUGCAUGUAAAUGGAUACAUCAUCAUCGCAAAUAAACAUGGAGGACCUAAAUCCCAAUUAUUCGGGCGCUCAACGAUUGCAAAAUCCCGAUGCAUGGCCCAAUAUGCACGAGUUUCAUCCAUCGCUUAUGUUUCCGGACGAUCCGAGGCGGUAUUUCCACAAUCCGCCACCAGUCGAUGCCAUCGAUGGAUCGCUCAUGCCUGCCAAGAUGCCGGAGAUGCACCCAGACAUCAAUAUUAAUAUCCCUCAUCCGCACAUGAACCUGAACCCGAACCCGAACCCGAAUACCCAUCCACAUUCACAUCUGCAUCCAAUUGUGGAGAAUCUAUCCGCCGAUAAAUCAAAAAUACCCCAUCCGCCGGGUAUCGCCAUCCCACAGGAAGUGGGGAAGAAUACUACAGCAGUACCUCACGGCCACAAGCGAAAGAACUCUGUGCAAGACACAGAGCAGAGCACGAAUAAGAAAAUGGGCCUGAAUCUGACGGCUGCCGAGGAGAAGAAGAACAACCUGCUCCAUCUCAGGAAGAACAUUAGGGAUGUGAUGAACGAGAAUAAUCUGGACACAACCACGCUGGCGGCCCAGAAGGAGGAGGCCGAACGCUUGGCUCGCGUUGCUGGUCAACAGAAGUCAAUGCGCGAAAUCCAGAAGCAAGUGGUCCACAAGCAAUUCUUUCGCAUACUGCAGCUGGACGAGAGCGAGGGCAUUGAGAGCUGUUCCGUGGCCAACCAUGUGCCCGUCAACAUGAACGUCAACGCGAACGACACACCCGUAGAGUUUCCCGAGGAGGAAAUCGUCUCGGACACAUUCGAUGAGACAAACAGCAGCUUGAGCUGCAGCAUCGAGGAUGUGCUGAAUAAGGAGGCCAGCAGCGUGGAGCCAUCCGGGGAGGUGGUGACCAUUGAUGACAGUUCGGAUGACGACUGCAUACUCCUGUCCGAGGAAGAGGAGGAGGAGGAGGAAGAGGAGGACCUGAAUGAGUCGGACGAUGCCCACAACAGUGGCAUGCAUGUCAAGGAUUUGUACAAUGUUCCUGAUGAAAACGGACAGGUGGUGGUCAACAUUGCGCACCCCGAGGGCGAGGAGACCUUGUACUUGGCCCCACAAAUCGCCAGGGUGAUCAAGCCGCAUCAGAUCGGAGGCGUUCGCUUCUUGUACGACAACAUCAUCGAGUCGACACGCAGGUUCAACAAAUCAAGCGGCUUCGGCUGCAUUCUCGCCCACUCCAUGGGCCUCGGCAAGACGCUGCAAGUUGUCUCCUUCUGUGAUAUUUUCCUAAGACACACCUCCGCCAAGACGGUGCUCUGUGUGAUGCCCAUCAACACGCUCCAGAAUUGGCUGUCCGAGUUCAAUAUGUGGGUGCCGCGCUACACCGCCGACCCGAAUGUUCGUCCGCGCAAAUUCGACAUUUAUGUGCUGAACGAUCAGCAGAAGACACUCACGGCGCGCGCGAAAGUCAUCUUGAAUUGGGUGCAGGAGGGUGGCGUGCUGCUGAUUGGAUACGAGCUGUUCCGGCUGCUCGCCCUGAAGCUGGUGAGAACUCGCAAGCGGAAGGGCGCCAAUGCGUUCAGGGCCGAUGGCCACGAUGCCAGCAGUGAUCUGAUGAACCGCGUGUUCGAGGCACUCGUCAAGCCCGGCCCAGAUCUGGUGAUAUGUGACGAGGGGCACAGGAUCAAGAACUCCCAUGCCGGCAUAUCGCUGGCCCUCAAGCAAAUCAGGACACGUCGCCGCAUCGUACUCACCGGCUAUCCCCUGCAGAACAAUCUCCUGGAGUACUGGUGCAUGGUGGAUUUCGUGCGGCCAAAUUACUUGGGCACGCGCACAGAGUUCUGCAACAUGUUCGAGCGACCCAUCCAGAACGGACAGUGCGUGGACUCCACGCCGGAUGACAUAAAACUGAUGAGAUUCAGGGCGCACGUGCUGCACUCGCUGCUGCUGGGCUUCGUGCAGCGGCGCUCGCACAAGGUGCUGCAGAUCACGCUGCCACAGAAGCACGAGUAUGUUAUCCUGGUGAAGAUGACGACGUUCCAGCGGAAGCUCUACGACACCUUCAUGACUGAUGUGGUGCGAAAGAAGGCGUUUCCCAAUCCCCUGAAGGCCUUUGCUGUCUGCUGUAAGAUCUGGAAUCAUCCGGAUGUGCUGUACAACUUUCUGAAGAAAUGUGAGACUGACUUAGACUUAGAAAUCGACGAAGAGCUUGCGAAGAGCGCUCCCACACCCACAAUCACAGAAUCCAGUCUGGAAUCCAAUCCUUCCUCGAACAUGGCCGCAUCGCCGUCUCCGCUCUGCGAGAAGAAGAGCAACGAGUCCACAGAGCCCACUGCCAGUUCCAAUGAAACUGAAGGCCUGUUCAAUAUGCCGCCGGUAGCUCCCGAGCUGAAUGCCAAAUACUUAGACAAGAGCUGCAGCAGCCCCAAUCUGGCCUACGGGGAGCCCCAGCUUGGCCUUAAUUAUGGAUCGUUUGGUGCGGAAACCAUCGGCAAGAACAACUAUUGGAUGGAAUCGAGCUGCCCCAUUCUGUCCAAGCCGGGCUGCGUUGAGGUGAUUAAGCAGACGGAUACGCACAUGGCAAAGGACUUUGAAAGUAUUACGGGAUCCUCGGAAAUUGUGGAUCUCGACACGAAUGAGAUCAAAACAGUCGAAACGAAUAUCCAAGCGGCGUGCACCAACAACCAGUUGGACAACGAAGCCAACGCCCUCAAGCCAAUUGGUGGCUGUGGUGUCGUGCCGGGCCUAAAGAACGUGACCGGCGGCGUUGGCAUUGGCUUUGAGGCAAACAAAAAGCUGCUAAAGACCAAACGCAACGACGAAUUCUCGUGCUCGUGGGCGGUCGACCUCAUGCGGAACUAUGUGGCUGGCCAAAUAGAGAAUUCACCCAAAAUGGAGAUAUUCUUUUGCAUCCUAAAGGAGAGCAUGCAGUUCGGUGAUCGCAUAUUGCUGUUCAGCCAAUCCCUGCUCACGUUGAACAUACUCGAGGGAUAUCUGAAGACCAGCUACGUGCCCGGCACCAAUCAACUUUGGGCCAAGCAUUUCUCAUACUUUCGUCUGGAUGGGUCCACUUCCUCGCAGGAAAGGGAGCGGCUAGUCAAUGAAUUCAAUGCAAAUAGUCAGGUGAAACUGUUUCUAAUCUCGACGCGCGCUGGCUCAUUGGGCAUCAAUCUGACUGGCGCGAAUCGUGUCAUCAUAUUUGAUGCCAGUUGGAAUCCCUGCCACGACACGCAAGCUGUAUAUAGGAUUUAUAGAUAUGGACAGACAAAGCCUUGCUAUGUGUAUAGAAUUGUAAUGGACAAAUGCCUGGAGAAGAAGAUCUACGACAGGCAAAUCAAGAAGCAGGGCAUGUCCGAUCGCAUUGUCGACGAAUGCAAUCCCGAGGCACAUCUCUCCAUGAAGGAGAUUACGAACUUGUGCCACGAUUACGACUCUGAUGAGGAGGCCACGGAAGUGCCGAAGAAUCCAACGCCUACGGAGGAGCCAUCAAAGGAGCUACUCAAGCCAAAAGAUGAGCCAGAAGAGGUGCCAGAAGAAAAAGAAGAGGAGAAGGCGGAAGAUGAGAAAACACUGCCAGCAGCAGAGGAGCAAAUAAAGCCCAAAGAGGAGAAAGUAGAGCCAGCAGAUGCAGAGACAGAUGGUGUAGCAAAAGUUGAGCCUGAAGCACAGAACGGCAACUGUGAGGAUUCGCCGGCUAAAAAGGAAAAGGCAGAGACCCCGAUACCCCAUGUGCAUGUGGAUCCCAUCAUCAAUACGCUGCUUGAGCUGCACAGGCAUUGUGUGACGAAGGAACCCUUCCUGCACGACAGUCUGUUGGUGGAUCAAAAGGAUAGAAAGCUGUCGCAGGCCGAGAAGCGACAGGCACAUCGCAGCUACGAGCUGGAAAAGAAGGCGGCCGUUAAUCAAAAGUUUGCCUAUACACCCGUGAAAACGCAUUACAAGAUUGUGAACAAUGAUGGAACGAUUGUCUCACGACCCAUUGCACCGGUCAAGUCAACCACUUCUGUCUCGGCUGGCGGGCGCACAACUCGUUGGAUUCCCGCAGAUGUGUGGCAAAGGCAGGGAAUGACAGCACAGGAAAUGACAUUGCCAUUGGAUGUUGUCAUACCCACAAACUCGUCGGACAAGGCCAAUAUUAUACUGAAGGCUGGCCAACGGGUGAUGGUUUUGAAGUCCACCAAGGGCAUUUAUAUGCAGCUGGACAGUGGCAAAAUUAUAGCCAUAAGGACAACGGCUAAAAAUGAAACGGAAAAGACGAACAAGGACGAUGUAAUCGACAUAACAUCCGAUUGUGACACAGAUAUAGCAAAGCCACAAACGCCCGAGCAAGAAACUGUCAAAGAUUUAACCACUGAUGACGAGCCACAUAUCGUGAAGAACAAGGAAUGCACGCAAACAACUACAAGCCGGCUGGAAAUGUCCUCGAAGGAGCGAAAACAACCCACAGAGAACAUACAGCAAUUUAAGCCACAAACGCAACCAAAUAAUACUUUAGCCGCCACCACACAAGUGGGUCCGAAUCCACAUCAGAUGCCUUGUGACUUGAACUUUCCGCCACAGCCACAGGGGCAGCCACAAGCGCAGACGCAGCAGCAGCAACAGCAGCAGCCGUACAAACAUCAGAAUCAUUUACCUGCAGGCAGCGAGGGCUAUAAUAGUGCCAAUCCUGUACAGCCGAAUGUGCCACUGCCGCCGCAUGCUCAUGCGCCUGCUCCCAACGGAACAGAGACGGCGGAAAGUUCAUAUUUCCAGGCCAAGCAUUUUCAGCACUCAUAUCCACCCCAGUACUAUGAUUACUAUGACAAUAAGCACAAGGCCACACCGCCGGCAAGCGGCGGAUAUCACAUUAACAACUACACCUCCUAUGGCAACUUGAAUUUCUCACCCUACCAUUCCAAUCUGCACCCAUCGGCGGCCAGCUAUAUCGGUGGACCGUCGUCGUACGUCAACUCAAAUGUAUUUCCCAGGCCACACUGGAGUUCGGUUGUAAAUACGCCAGCGUCAAAUGAGUCUAUUCGACAGCCCUCGUAUAUCGGGAGCACUACUUACCCAAUCAACGAGUGGUCGUCGCAAUAACGAAUGUAAAUAAAUUCUGCUCCCAUUCAUCUGUGUCCAGUUAGGGGCGAAGCAGCCGCCACUCCUCCUCAAACUUAAUUUUAAUCAACAGCAGAAACAAAAUGAUCUUUUUUUUUGGUUUUAAUUUUGUGUCGAUGUUAAUGUUGCGCGCGCCUCGUCGCUGUUAAUUUAAAAGUAGGAGGACUCGUGUGUAGUUUGUGUUCUUUUAUUUAUACUCAAAGAGCAACAAUGUUUUUGAUUAGUCUAAGUAUUUGUUCUGUUCGAAACGAUUAG